AUGCUGGUUUACUGGCAUGGAUUAAAGGUUAAAUCAACAAGCAAUUCGUACGCGAAUUUCAUUGGGGAAACUCAAGCUCUUCCAUUUGGUUUGGUUGGCACUCCAUUGUUGGAGAAAUGCAUCAAUGAUGCUGCUUUAAUUGCUGUGUGAGAAUGUCAUGGUAAGUGUGGUAAUCAGAGAAAAAAUUUGCUCCAGAAAAUAUGCUGAGUAAAUAUCUGUCGUGGUGAUAUUGCUGAACCACAGGCUGAGGGCUGAACCAAAUCAACGAAAUGAAGAACUAAGUGAACUUGAAGAGAGAUGCUCCGAACUCUACCUACAAUUGCUGAAGGAAAAGGAGAAAGCAAAACAAUGUGAAAAUGGGCUUAAGAAUUGCAAGACAGAAAUUAAUCUUUUGCAAGAGGAGAAUACCACCCUUGGAGAGUAUGUAAAUAAUAUCGAAAAAUUGAAUGUAUGCCAAAAUUGUGCAGACAGUCUUGGAAAUAAAUCGAACACUCUAGGUAAUGUCUGUCCAAGACAACGCCAGAGAAAAUUGAAAGAACUCAAGACAAAAGUUGAAAUGGCAUUGUGGUUUUUAGACUCAUAUGGUGCUGCACCAAAGACUCUCCUAGUGGAAGACUCCAAUGGUGUGGAAAUUAAAUUGGGCAUCAGCCCUGGCGAUAAAAGUGCCAAAAAGUCCAAGUUUGAAGAUCUAGCAAAUGAGGAGAAAUUGAGAAUCAAGGAAGUUCUUUAUGUUUUGGAUACUUUCUGCAUUGGUGAUGCUGCAUAUACCACGAGUUGUCCGAGAUCGAAGGUAGGUUGCCACGGAGUUACUUGAUCAAGCAGUGCCGAAGCGAGAUAAAUGGUUGUUUCACCAUAACAAGAACCCAAGGAGAUUUGGUGGGAGCUCAAAUGAGCUUUAGGGAGGAGCUUAGGUGAAAGCUUAAAGCAAAGGUAAGCAAACUACUCAUACAGUAGUUCAGAAAGAAUAUUAAAUAUAUAUAAUUAUCAAUAUCAUCUAUUGAUGAUAAUCACUAUUAGUAAAUAGUGAUUAUCACCACUAGAUUACAUUGAUUAUAAUGAUCAGUAAUUCAUUUUAUUCAUUAUGAGCAGUAGAACUAUUAUGUAUAAUGAUUAGAAAAUUCUGUUGUAUAUUACAUCUUGCAAUACUCUCCAAAUUGUUGUUUAUUUAGGUGAAAAAUGGGCAAAAAGGUGGGAAAAAGGUCAAGGUUUCUGGGGAUGGAGCAAAGAUAAAGGAUUUCAAACUAUCUUGUGAUGUCUUUUGCCCUCCUCUCUGA